GGCAGGGAAACCACCACCUGGCUUACAUCUGGAUGUAGUCAAAGGAGACAAACUCAUUGAGAAACUCAUCAUUGAUGAGAAGAAAUACUAUCUCUUUGGGAGAAAUCCUGAUCUGUGCGAUUUUACCAUUGACCACCAGUCUUGCUCUCGGGUCCAUGCUGCCUUGGUCUAUCACAAACAUCUCAAGAGGGUUUUCCUCAUAGAUCUAAACAGCACACAUGGUACAUUCUUGGGUCAUAUCCGUUUGGAACCUCACAAACCCCAACAGAUACCCAUUGACUCCACAGUUUCAUUUGGCGCUUCUACACGGGCAUAUACUCUGCGAGAGAAGCCUCAGACACUGCCAUCAGCAGUUAAAGGAGAUGAGAAAAUGGGUGGUGAAGAUGAAGAGCUCAAGGGCUUGCUGGGCCUGCCAGAGGAGGAGACAGAACUUGACAACCUGACAGAGUUUAAUACAGCCCACAACAAAAGAAUUUCUACACUAACCAUUGAGGAAGGAAACUUGGAUAUUCAGAGACCAAAGAGAAAACGGAAGAAUUCCAGAGUGACAUUCAGUGAUGAUGAUGAAAUUAUCAAUCCAGAGGAUGUGGACCCUUCUGUUGGGCGUUUCAGGAACAUGGUACAGACAGCAGUAGUCCCUGUUAAGAAAAAACGGUUGGAGAAUCCAGGCUCAUUAACCACAGAUGAUUCUGCAUCACGACGUAUGCAAAACUUUCCGUACAGUGGAGGAUUAUAUGGUGGUUUACCUCCAACUCACAAUGAGGCAGGUUCCCAAUCGCAUGGCGUCCAUGGGACAGCUCUCAUUGGUGGUCUGCCAAUGCCCUACCCCAAUCUUGCCCCAGAUGUGGACUUGACUCCCGUUGUGCCCUCAACAGUUAACAUGAACCCAGCUCCAAACCCUGCUGUCUUUAAUCCUGAAGCUGUGAAUGAACCCAAGAAGAAGAAAUACGCAAAGGAGGCAUGGCCGGGCAAGAAGCCAACCCCUUCCCUACUGAUCUGAGUUGGGUUUUGUUGAGGGAGGGUGGGAGUUAUGAACUCCAGAAACUGUUUAUGUGCAGUAUCGUCUUUUUAAAAUUUCAAUGUCCUAACCAGAUGUAAUACCAAGAUUGGAGAAGUGAAAUAUCCUUUAAAGAUCUGUCUUCAAAAGUUUUUUAUAUGUCUGUUUAAAAGAAAAAAAAAAAUACAGCUCCCAUCUCCUUUUGAACCAAAAUAUCUGGCAGCCUUUUCUUAGCCAUUACUGUCCCCAGAGGACUUUACUCUGAAUUUUGAUCCACAAGUUGAAGGGGCAGAGUCAUACAAUUUAAUUAUUGUUUAUGGCAUGACCCUGAAAAUUUGUGUAUUUAGGUGUCAUGCUUACUAUGAGUAAUGAUGUUCCUGCUGGACUUGCUCAUAGCAGGUCAGCUGUAUGAGAAGUAAAUGUUUGGGGGGCCAAGCCUUUCAGAAAUCCCAUUGGUAUGAGUUCUAAAACUUGCAAAAUACAGAUCAGCUUUCAUUUU